UACAGGAUAUAUAUCCCAAUCCCACCAUGGCCCAAGCCCAAGUCAGAAUAGUUUCCAGCCUUGCUGAUGUUGACGCUGCUCUUCAAGAUCUGCACAUCACUGAUGUGAAUCAAGCUAAUCUGGUUCGAUUUCAAUUGGAUGAGGAAGCCCCCCUUCAAGAAGCAAUCAAUAUCGAUGUCAGGACCUAUCCAGGAAGGCAUGGAUUCAUAUUGGUUAAUCCAGAGUUGUUGAAGUGCAAGUUUAAGGCCAAGACGGCGCUAGAGACGUCCUUUAGAACAAUGCUUCACGCAUCACUGGGGCGUAUUGAUCAAGAGCUGCAGGGAGUAGAAGCAAGCAUCGCAGCACUCAAGGUCCUUGUGCUCUACCAUGACAAUCAGAUACCAAACAAUGGACCGCAAAGAAAUCGGGGAGUACUACAUGCCAUCUAUCCACACCCUCCUAGAGUCCCAUGUCAACCUGCUUAUGGUACACAAACACAACAAGAGAGGGAUGAGGCAGCUGCUCGUGACAGGCGUGCCCAGAGGGCCCUCUGGCAUGCCAAACUCCGUAUUUUGGAGGUGAGGCAGUCCAUCUUGAAGGACAAGAGGUCUGAGAUGAUGUCAAAGAUGAUGGCGGAGUUCAAGAGGAUUAUGGACGAACGAUCUGACUUAGGGGCUGGUUACGCGGAUGAUGGAUUUCCUCCACUGGCGUAGGAGCUUACCCUCUGAAGCAACAUGGCUUGCCAUUUGACCUUUUGCUGGAGCUGCGCUACCUACACCAAGUCCAAGAUUUGUCGAACAACCCCAUGUCAACAAUGCAAGCUUAAUUACCUAUUUAUGUACUCCUUUUGGUUGUAAUGCUUAAACUGGUACUCUCUAGUAUUACAAACCACCGAGCAUGUAAUGGACCAUGGUGCUGCACUGCCAAGUAUGAUGUACUGUAUGCGUACCUUGUGAAUUGUGAUGUUGGUGACUUGAUAACCGGCAAUGUUGGAUUUAAUCUAUGUGAUCAUCUUG